CGCCCGCAGACGCCGCUGGGGUGAUGCUACAAGAAGCCCGGGAUGCCUUAUGUGGAUCGACAGAAUCGUAUCUGUGGGUUUCUAGACAUCGAAGAAAAUGAGACCUGCGGCAAGUUUCUGCGAAGAUAUUUCAUCUUGGACACCCAGGCCAAUUGUCUUCUGUGGUAUAUGGACAACCCCCAGAAUCUGGCUCUCGGGUCAGGAGCUGUCGGAUCUUUGCAGCUGACCUAUAUAUCCAAGGUCAGCGUCGCCACCCCGAAACAAAAACCGAAAGUCCCGUUCUGCUUUGUUAUCAAUGCUUUAUCUCAGCGCUAUUUCUUACAAGCCAGCGAUCAAAAGGACCUACAGGACUGGGUGGAGGCUCUGAACCGUGCCAGCAAGAUUACGGUGCCAAAGAGUGGUAGUUUGCCCCCAGCCACAGAGAUUACAAAGCCCCCCAUUGCACCCCAAACCCAGGAGAAGAAACCACAGGUGGCCUACAAAACUGAGAUCAUUGGAGGGGUGGUUGUGCACACACCUAUCUCUGUCAAUCAGAAUGGAGGGGAAGGAGCAGACGGAGGCGACGUGGUCACUCACCCUCUUCUGAGACGCUCCCAGAGCUACAUACCCACCUCUACCUCCAAGCCGUCCACAGGGCCACCUGUCCUCAAGAGCGGCUACUGCGUGAAGCAGGGGAAUGUGAGGAAGAGCUGGAAACGCCGGUACUUUGCUCUUGACGACUUUACCAUCAGUUAUUUCAAAUGCGAGCAGGACAAGGAGCCCUUGCGUUCGAUCCUCCUGAAGGACGUCCUCAAGACCCACGAAUGUCUAGUCAAAUCUGGUGACCUUCUCAUGCGGGACAAUCUGUUUGAAAUCAUAACGAGCUCCAGGACAUUCUACAUCCAGGCAGACAGCCCUGAGGAUAUGCACAGCUGGAUCAAAGCAAUCACAGAGGCGAUGCAGGCCCUGAAAAGCCGCCCAAGGGAAAUGUCCUUUGCGAGAUCCAUUUCUUCUAUGAGCAGGCCUGGGUGCUCCAAUCUUUCAAGCUCCUUGAUCCCCUCCUUGCCCCGAAUGAGACAGCCCGGGGACGAGAGGAAAGCACUCUGCAAAACCCCUUCCACCCCAUCCUGGCAGCCUUGGACACCAGUGCCGCAGCCAGGAGGGAAGCAGCCCAUGAUAGAGGAGAUGACCGGGCAUAUGAGAGACUCAGUGUUUGUGCCCUCAUUCACAGAGUGUGAUGCUGGAGCCAUGCAGCAGAGGCGUGUACGGCACAGAUCUGAACCCCAGCACAUUAAAGAGAAGCCAUUUGCGUUUAACCUGGAUGAUGAGAACAUCCGGACCUCUGAUGUGUAA